UUAUAACAUCUAAGAAUACUUUGUAAUAAAUAACAUAAUUUUAUUUAAUAAUAUUUAUUUCAACUUCAAUAAAUCUACACUACUUUUGGGAAAACACAACAAUAUUUCGAAAUCAUGUUGGCAACGUCGUCUUACUAAUUAAUAGUUAUCUGUGAAUUUUAAUCAAUUUAAUAUCUUGUUUAUAAUACAUAUGAGUUAUUAUUGUAUCGAUGUAAUUUAUAUUAGUAAUAUAAAACAUCAACGCUUGUGGUUGGUCUUGUAAAAUUAAAUGUGACAUGUUAAUCUAGCGUGAAGUUCUAAUCUCAAAGAAAAAAAAUUGAUAAUUUGUCAACAUGGGCAAUGAUGCUUCUCAGUUAAAAGGUUUAGAAAUCGACGAAAAACCGACGGAAACCACAGAUUUUUGGUGUCACUAUAAAGCUACAAUUAGAGAUAGCUGCCGAUAUUUUGGUUUAAACGGAGAUGGAUCUGUGUCUGUCUUUAAAGGAGAAACAAUUAUGGGACCAUUAUGGACAGUUUCUACACCAUUAAAAAAGUUUUGCAAUAAUAUUCUUAAAUAUCGGCAUCCAUUUAUUGUUAGAUAUUUAUCAGCUUGGCAACAAAGAUCUACAUUUCAUUUAGCAACUGAAUUUGUGCAACCUUUAGCACAUGUGUUAUCAUCACAAACUCCACUACAGAAAUGUAUCGGAAUCAAUAAUAUUCUACAGGCAUUAGUUUUUUUACAUGAGCAAGGUUGUGUGUCCCACAAUAAUAUAAGUAUAAGUUCAAUAUAUUUAUCGGGUGAUGGACAAUGGAAACUAGGUGGUCUGCAAUAUCUAUGCAGUUUUUCUGAAUUAACUCCAGCAUAUCUUAAACAGGCUAGAAUUCACAGGUAUGAUAAAGCUGUGGAUCCAAAUGAAGAUUCUAACCAAGUAACAACUAAAGUUGACCAGUACGCCUUUGCAGUGUUGGUGGAAGAUGUAUUUAAGGGAUGUAAUAAUGAUGAAGUCUCACAUCUCAAUGAAUUUAAGGAGUAUUGUAGAGAGUUCCUGCAAAAUUCUGAUUGCAAGAAAAGACCAAAUCUGUUAGAAAUACUGCAACACAACUUUUUCAACCAUGAAUUUAUAUCAGUAUACAAAUUCUUGAGUAAUUUACCAUUGAAGGGAAGUGAUGAGAAAAUGCAUUUUUUUUCUGAUAUUCUAAAAUGCCUUAAAUGUUAUGAUGAAGAAACUGUUGCUAAACAAUUUGGAGGAUUAUUGCUUUCCCGUUUAACGCUUUUGGACCAUACAGCCAGAAAGAAUGUAAUACCAUAUAUUUUAAAACCCCGUUAUGACAGAACACAGAAUGGGGAACAAAAUGGAUUUUUUUGUGUUACUAUCUUUAAGGAGUAUUUAAAGCCAAGAGUAAUACAGCUAUUUUCUGUCAGAGAUAGUCAAAUAAGAAUGCUAUUAUUGAGCCACUUCUCUAAAUAUGUCAAUGUUUUUUCACAUGAAGAGCUUGCUCACCAAAUUUUACCAGAGCUACUACUUGGUAUAAAGGAUACUGAUGAUGACUUGGUUUCUGCUACCCUGAUGUGCUUAAGUGAACUAGUACCAAUAUUAGGAGCGGACACUGUAGUAGGAGGAAAGCGUACUAAACUUUUUACUGAUGGCAGGCCAAACUCCAAUGAUUCUAUACCAAAAAGUUCUGAUGAAUUUGCAAAUAGAAAAAGUUUACAGAAUAAGCAAUGCUCUGAAAACAUAUUUUCAAUUAAUUCAAAUUCUAUGUUUGAUCAAACAUUGGUUUUAAAUGAACGACCUACUCCUGUCGGUGGUGAGUCUGUGGAUAUAGAAAGUACACAAUAUAUUUUAAAUUUAAAAAAUGAGUCUGAUGAAGAAUGGGAUGAUUGGGAAAAUACAAAUCGUAGUCUCGUCCCUAUGCAUGAUUGUAGUUCUGUGCAAGAUGAUCAAGAAACAAAUAAUAUCUUACAACAUGGUGAUAUUUAUCCUCACGAAGAGCAAGACCAUUCUGUUUUAUUACAAAAAGCUGGCUUAGUGGCAAAAAGUAAAAUUAAAGACAUAUCAGAGUUGGAUAUCAAAAGUAAAGUGGAACAGACUAAGAAAGAAGAUGAUUUUGAUUUUUUUGCUGACAUGACACCUGUUAUAGAGAAACAGAAAGUUGUUUUGUUAAAAGAUGAAAGUAAUCAAGAGUUAAGUUAUAAAUUAAACUUUGUACCUGGUAAUGAAGAAGAUGAAAAUACUGGUUGGGAGGAUACAUGGAAUGAUUGAUAGUAAGCAAAAACAAACUGUUUAUUAGAUUGAGAGGACCGAAUGAUCCUCAAACAAGUGAGAUAGAAGUUCAAGAAUGGGCUGCUGGUGAUGCCGAAAACGAGUACAAAGAUAUGAACUGUUAACUGAUGUGGAGAUUGUGCGAGCGAAUAAAGACGACAUAGGACUUUAAACACUGCUUUAAAAUGGGCGGAAUAUAACGAAGUUAUGUUUCGUCCGAUAAGUGAGCGGGCUAUUGAAAUGAAGAUCGAAAUUUUUAAACAGAAGACUAUAACAAACUUUUUAAAUUAUUUUUUAAAAUUAUACUUACUGUCUUUCUUACAUGGUUGUAACUUUGAACAGGCACAUGUCGUUAUGCUUUAUUUUAAAUGUAUUGUAUAAAAUCAACUUAGAAUACCUUCUCA